AGCAAUCGAUCAACAAGGAAGUGGCGUAGAAGUCACGUGAAGAGUCUACCAUAACAUAAUAAUAAUCCAUCCAUUUUCUACCGCUUAUCCCUUUUGGGGUUGCGAGGGGUGCUGGAGUCUAUCUCAGCUACGGAAGGCGGGGUACACCCUGGACAAGUCAUAAUAAUAAUAAUAUUAAAGGUAAAGUUUGCGCAAGAAAAAUGAGGCGGGCGUUGCAUUUUGUUUUUAAAGUUGGUGACCGAAACAAAAGUGCUACAUUUUACCGCGAUGUCCUCGGCAUGAAGGUUCUGCGCCAUGAGGAGUUUGACGAAGGCUGCAAAGCAACAUGCAAUGGUCCUUACGAUGCAAAAUGGAGCAAGACUAUGGUUGGCUUUGGUCCAGAGGAUGAACACUUUGUAGCUGAGCUCACCUACAAUUAUGGGGUGGCUGAAUAUCAACUUGGAAAUGAUUUCUUGGGUUUAACCCUACAGUCAAGCAAAGCUGUGAGCAAUGCCAAACGUCUGGGAUGGCCUCUGACUCAGGUAAAAGACGGCCUGUACCUGACCCAAGCUCCAGGUGGUUAUCCCUUCUACCUGGUGGACCAAGAGCAGCCUCACAAAGACCCUGUGCAAAAGGUUUGCCUUGGAGUUUCAGACCUCUCGAGGUCAACCCACUUCUGGUCUGCACUGCUAGGAAUGACAGUGAUAGAAAGAAGUGAUGAAAAGAAGACUGUGUUGCUGGGAUUUGGAGACACUGGGUGUAAAGUGGAGCUUCACAACAUCAUUGGCUCAGUAGACCAUGGAACAGCGUUUGGAAGGAUUGCAUUUUCAUGCCCCAGAGAUCAACUUCCUGACCUUGAAGCCAUGAUGAAAAAGGAAGGUCACAACAUUCUCACACCUUUAGUCAGCCUGGACACACCUGGGAAAGCCACCGUGGAAGUCGUUAUUUUAGCUGACCCGGAUGGCCAUGAGAUUUGCUUUGUCGGAGAUGAAGCAUUCCGAGAGCUUUCCACAGUGGACCCCAAAGGCGAGGAGUUGCUUGAAAAGGCAAUGGCUGAGGACAAAAGCAACGAGUGGUUUGCCAAGCACAACAGACAGAAAGCUGCUGCAUGAGACUGACUUCAAAACUGUCCAGUGUCUAUAAAAGUGCAUCGUACUAGGGUUGCACAUUUGUAGUCAUUGACUCAGCAUGUCAAUUAGUUUCUUUGAUUCAUGGAGUAAUCAAUAAUAAUGUCAUAGUUUCAUGCAUAUUUUAGUGACAAUUGUUUAAAUAAACCAAGAUUUUUCUGCUUGCCAUAAACGUCAUUCUUCUUUUGAAUAAACGCACAUGAUCAACAAUGAAACUGCACUUUUAAAAAGUGUGCAUUAACAAUAAUAUUUCCAAAUAAACCACAAAGGUCAAGGCACCCCCACACCACUCAUGUGCGCUCUAUUGCAGUGGAAACUAUGUGUGUGUAUUUUCAACUUCUGGCCAGUCCAUACUCAUUAAACAAUGAAUUCAAGAAUGGCCUUCCCAAAGUCCUGACUUAAAGGUGUGGACAAUGCUGAAGAAACAAGUCCAUGUCAGAAAAGCAACACAUUUAGCUGAACUGCAGCCAUUUAGUGGUCAAGUGGUCAAGCAGAAGCUUGUGGAUGGCUACCAAAAGUGCCUUAUUGCA